CAGCGAAACUUCUCUGCGGGUUCUGGCGCUGGGGCACCGGCCCCGCAACGACUGCCCGGGCUGCGGGAGGGGAGGAGAGCAGAGAACGUCCCCAGGGUGAUGAGAGCAGAGCCCAGGAAUGCCUUAUGUGGAUCGGCAGAACCGAAUCUGUGGGUUUCUGGACAUCGAGGAGCAUGAGAACAGCGGCAAGUUUCUGCGGAGGUACUUCAUUCUGGACACCCAGGCUAACUGCCUCCUCUGGUAUAUGGACAACCCCCAGAAUCUGGCAAUGGGGGCAGGAGCUGUUGGAGCUUUGCAGCUGACCUACAUCUCGAAGGUGAGCAUAGCUACCCCAAAGCAGAAACCAAAGACUCCAUUUUGCUUUGUUAUCAAUGCCCUGUCUCAGAGAUAUUUCCUUCAAGCCAAUGACCAGAAAGAUAUGAAGGACUGGGUUGAAGCCCUGAACCAAGCCAGCAAGAUCACCGUACCCAAAGGUGGGGGCCUACCCAUGACCACUGAAGUUCUCAAGAGCUUAGCAGCUCCUCCAGCCCUGGAGAAGAAGCCACAGGUGGCCUACAAGACCGAGAUCAUCGGAGGGGUGGUGGUCCACACACCCAUCAGCCAGAAUGGUGGGGAUGGGCAGGAAGGGAGUGAGCCUGGGUCCCACGCCAUCCUUCGAAGGUCUCAGAGUUACAUCCCCACGUCAGGCUGCCGUGCUUCCACCGGGCCUCCCCUCAUUAAGAGUGGUUACUGCGUGAAGCAAGGGAAUGUGCGGAAGAGCUGGAAACGUCGCUUCUUUGCACUUGAUGACUUUACCAUCUGCUACUUCAAGUGUGAGCAGGACCGAGAACCACUGCGCACUAUAUUUCUUAAGGAUGUUCUCAAGACCCAUGAAUGUCUAGUCAAGUCUGGUGAUCUCCUAAUGAGGGACAACCUGUUUGAAAUAAUAACAAGCUCCAGGACCUUCUACGUACAGGCGGACAGUCCAGAAGACAUGCACAGCUGGAUUAAGGAGAUUGGGGCAGCUGUCCAGGCCCUCAAGUGCCACCCCAGAGAAACCUCCUUUUCUAGAUCCAUUUCUUUGACCCGACCUGGAAUUUCCAGCCUUUCAAGUGGGCCCAACUCUAUCCUGUGCAGGGGGCGGCCACCAUUGGAGGAAAAGAAAGCCCUCUGCAAAGCCCCCUCUGUAGCCUCCUCCUGGCAGCCCUGGACACCUGUCCCCCAGACUGGGGAGAAGCUGCUUCCAGCUGGAGAGGCUUCAGAGGACUCUUUGUUCACGCCUCGUCCUGGGGAGGGCAGCACUGCUGGGGUGCUGCCCAGCUCCAGGAUAAGGCACAGAUCGGAGCCCCAGCACCCCAAGGAGAAGCCAUUUAUGUUCAACCUUGAUGAUGAAAACAUACGGACCUCUGAUGUGUGAUGGAGCACAGUGCCGUGGGAGGGAGGGAGGGAAGACUUGAGAGAAGGAGACUGUGACUCAGUUUCUCUACCUUAUUGGAGGGUAGUCAGAGGCCUUUAUGUCACUCAUAUUCCUGUGGAUGUUCUUUGGGAGGGAGGGGCCCAUCCAGCUGGCUGUGUGUGUGUGUGUAUGUGUGUGUGUAUGUGUGUGUGUGCGUGAUUUCAGUGCAGUGUAUUUAAUUUGGGGAAGUCACUAGGUUAGACCUGUAGGCAUACUCCGUGGAGAGGAAGCUACCUAUUCUAUUCUAACUAUUCCGAGGUCUUCCUGGAGAGGGAUUAUUUUAGCAGUUCCUCUCCAGAGGGGGCUGGAAGUCCAGUUUCACCACUGACCAAGUUUUAUUUCCUUGUCCUUGUUUUAGUUUUUUCAUUUUGUUUUCAGUCCAGGUGCCUCGCAGCUCUUUUGGAAUGGGCCGGCGUUAGUCUAAUCUUAAGCGCUGUGUGUUUUGUACCCUUGCAAACUUGCUUUCUCUUUCUUCUUGCUGUUGCCCUUUGAAUGAAGCCUUGUGUGCUUGCAUGAUCAGACCCUGUAAUAGGAUGAGUUUCCAUGUACUUAACAUGAAGAGAUACAAAAAGAAUCUAGAGAGAGAGAGAUUUUUAAUCAAAGAAGCUUGGCAUAGAAACAUUGAUUUAGAGGUUAUGAGUUGCUGGCCAGAAAUUCCUCAGAUAAAAGAGCCUAGAAAAUUGAUUGUUGGGUGGGCGUGGUGGGUCACGCCUGUAAUCCCAGCACUUUUGGGAGGCUGAGGUAGGUGGAUCACCUGAGGUCAGGAGUUUGAGAUCAGCCUGGUCAACAUGCUGAAACCUUGCCUCUACUAAAAAAUAUGCAAAAUUAGCCAGGCAUGGUGGUACAGGCCUGUAAUCCCACCUAUUCAGGAGGCUGAGGCAGGAGAUUCACUUGAACCUGGGAGGUGGAGGUUGCAGUAAGCCAAUAUUACGCCAUUGCACUCCAGCCUCGGCAACAAGAGUGAAACUCCAUCUCAAAAAAUAAAACAAAAUUGAGUGUCCCACCCAAAUUUUAGGGCGUACCUCCUUCCAUUUGACAAAAAUAUACUAUUUCCAGUGUCCCUGGGAGAAUUCUUCCAUCCAAUUUAUAUGGUGAAUUGCUGCCAGCAUUCAAAGGAAGAGAGAACUUAGCUUAUUUCUGUCGGUAACUUUUAUCAGCUAGAUCAGUCAAUUGUAUUUUUAAGUUAAAAAUUAGUGACCAGAGGAAGAGACUAAGAGAACUAUUUUUACCUGAGUAAAUGCUCUCCUCUUUGUGUGUCCAAAUCUAAUGCAGAGGUGAAAACACUUGAUGAGAAAAUCCUUAGUGGCUUGAGGGGAAUCAUGUUUCUUUCAGGACAUGUUGUUUCCCUGAAGUCUGUGUCACCCUGAGAACUUUUUCUGACUGCACUGCUUUGGAGCUAUUCAUUUAAACUGAGUUUGGCCUAGUUGUCCUGGUAUAAAACAGGAAAUCCACACUGUUCCCUCUUUCUCUCCCUUCCAUCCCUUCCUCUGCCUUUCCUGUACACGCUGGUGUGCUUUUGCCCUCAGAAAUUCUUGGUUUGGGAGUUAUUUAUGAGUGAUUACGACAUACUUGGAGCAGCAUGGUUUCAAGAAGCCAUUCCAAAUUCUUAUAGCUCCUUAGCUCUGGUUUUACUCUCAUAUGUUC